AUGAUGGUCCUUGUUCUUCGGCGCUGUCCCGUUCUGGAGGAGCUCGCGCUUCAAAUGGUAUUGGGACCCCCGAACAGCAAUACCGCAGAUACUGAGCUGCCAGUAUCUCUUCCCCGCCUGCGUUUCUUCCUCCUUUGCGACGAGAUGAUUAGAUGGCGAUACUUGAGGCCCAAGCUCUCCAUUCCAGAAUCGGCUUCCAUUCAUCCAGAUCUCAUCCUUCCACGACAGGACAUGUAUUUUGAUUGUUACGAUCGCUUCGCGGAGGAGGCAGCGCGGGAGUGCCUGAGCUGGCCGGGAUUUCCCACGUGUAGGGUGAUCAUAUUGCAUUACCAAGUCAUAACCCCGACGGACUCGGCUCGCGAUCGCGUCGCGCCAGAGCUAGUGAGAAUCGCAUUCGCAUCUGGCGAGGAGGAUGCGUGGGGCGAGAAGGACCCGGAGCAGAAAACUCGAAGAUGGACGUUGACCUUUCGCAUUCCUGGGCGUGUCCUAGAGACGCGCUAUCCACCGGGGCCUCUGGAUGCUCACCUCAAUGUGAAGAGGAUAAACAGCCCUGAGGACGUUGUCGGAUCCAUAUUCCGCGGUAUCGCACAGGCAUCGGCUCAUGCGCCGUUAGUCGACCUCACGGCCACCGAGGUUUUAAUAGUCAAGGCUGGCGGAAGGCUACGCCACAUGGCCGAGUACCAUUCCUUGACGUGCUGCUUUCCCAACUUGACGACUCUUGUCGUGUACGGAGUCUUUGACAGAAAUUUCUACGCUCUCAAGGGUGUUCUACGAGAGCUCUGCGACGGUCGUUGGCUGAACUUGGAGCAGGUCCGUCUACCGGAUUAUAUCGGCCAAGAUUGUGAUUUCGAUUGGCUUGAGAAGUUCGUAGCACGCGCCAUUAAGUUCUCGAAGUGA